AUGGAUAAAGAGUAGCAGCAGAAUUAUUUGUAAAAUCAUUAACAAGGAAGUAAUUAGAUGAAUUAACAACAAUAGGCUGCUUAAGGAUAGAUGACUGGAGGGAUGUGGCUUUUAACAAAGGAAGAUUGGGUGCUCAUUAGGCCAGAUAAAAGCAAGAAACAGUCAAUAGAAGAUGUGAAACAAGCAAAUUCAGUAGCAAAAUUUAUAAAAAUGUUUGCAGAGGAAUUCGAGUAUUAUUUCAGCGAUAUGUUGAAGCUAGGGACACAAACAAAUAUAAAAGCUUAAGUGUUCUAUCAUAGAAUCAAAGCAUUGAAAAGAAAUCAACAGCUCGAUGACAAUUUGUAUGCAAUAACUUGUUUAUUUUUAGCAGCAAAGUUAGAUGACACUCUAUUCAAAAGUGAAAUGUGUGUUGAAUUUUACAUUGCAUUGUAACAGUAUUUGAAAGUUGAUGCCACAUUCAAGCCUCAUGCCUUCAAAGCAUUAGUUUCGAUUAGCAAAUUAGAUGAAAGAGCAAAAUCACUGAGAAAACAGACAUUAAAAUAAAUUAUUGAGCAAAUUCCAAAGCAUAAAAUUCAGUAGGAAAAAGGAAAAUUAUUAUUUGCUGAAAAUGAUAUUUUGGUGUCUUUUGGAUAUGAUUUUGUAGUAGACACAGCGCUUCCCUAUGUCGAUUAAUUUGUUAAAUCCUACAAAGAAUUUAUCAAUAAGCAAAAAGAGCUAUAAGAACAAAGGAAAUAAAAAGAAGAAGCUAAACAAGAAGGCGAAAUGAAAUAAGAGAUACAAUAAGAUGAUAAAACUGAUACUAUAGAGAAGUUGCUCAAUACAGUUUAAUUUUGGGGAAACGAUGUUUAUCGUUCGAAUUUAUGUCUUUAUUAUACACCAAUUCAACUCACAUUAACAGUAUUAAAAAAGGCUUAGCAGACUGAGCGCGUUGUAUUUCCUGAUUACAAUGGGCAACCUUGGUGGAAAUUUUUCAACGAAAAGUAUAACGCUAAUAUAUAAAGUGAAGACGAUUUCAAAGAACCUCUAAUGUACUUUAAUAAUAUAAUUGCCAUGCUUAAGUCAUGA